AACUUCGGCCUAGACGCAGCAGGAGACGGCGGAGACGCAGUGGCGCCGGGAUGAGCCGCUCGGUGACGGUGGGGCGACCGUCGGCGCCCUUCGGGGCCCGGUACCGCAGAGUCAUGGCCCCCAACCGGGCUUUCGAUUUCCUCUACGAUCCAUUAUAUAUGCUUUCAAGUGAGAGAGACCAUGCACAAGCAACUGUCCAGGCUCAUCUAACUCAUGAUGAAAUGAGGAAAAUGCCAGAAUUUAGAGCCAUGUUUAGUAACCUGAUUCACUAUCCACCAUACUCUGUGCAAUUAGAAGAAAAAAAUCCAGUUCCCCCAUUUAUUGACCGAAGGUGGAGAGGAAGGGCAGAACGUCGCCUUCAGGCUUUUCAGAAGCUUGCCAUAUGUCAACCCUCACUUCAGAUUCCAAGAACUGAAUAUGAAGAUCCUGAAGUUAGUGGAAGGAAUCGCUGGAAGUAUUUUGAACGACCUUUCAUCCCAUUUCAUAAGCCGAUUCCACUAAAUGUUGUUUAUGCAAUGUCAAAGCCAGAGCCAUACACACACAAAGUAAUGUCCAGGGACCAACCAGCCUCUCUCAUCUCACGGACUGUGGGUACACAGACAGAUUACCGGGAUGGUGAAGCUCAGACGGAUCCUUAUAGCCCUGAAUAUGUGGUGCCUCCGGGGUCAAUACCUGAGUUACUGACCCUUGCCACACUGACUUGGGGUCGGGGCCUUCCAGCAACCCAGGCAGAAGUGGAGGUGAUUGAACGAGCCCGAGAGAAACGUGCCUGGGAGGCAACCCUUCCACCACUGAAUGAUGCUACACAAAUUGCAAAAAGGAGGAGGAUGAUGGAGGAAAUGGAGAGGAAAGAGUGGGCCUUCCGGGAAGAAGAAAUAGAAGAAUUGCAAGAAGUUAGACUAGAACUUUUAAAGGCCCUUCUGAGGAAUCGGGACGAGAACCGCAAUGAACUGAAUGUCAGUCGCUUAGAUGCUCACUGGUUUAACCUCAUGAAGGAAAAAGAAGAAAAAGGGGAAAAAAUUCAACAUGAAUGUAUAAAAGCAAUUAGAAGACUAAUAGCCAAGGGGAAAAAUGUGGAAAGAAAAUUGGAGAGAAGAAAUGUCAUCAAAGACUACACUGAAUAUGAUUCACAGCCUUACGCUCCUCUAUCAAGAAUUGGUUACUUUCCAGACAACAAUGCAGAUCGUUACAUAGUGAAGAACCCCUUUCUCAACACCUACGAAGGAUUACUUCAGCUGGAGGCAUCUCUUCCUGACUCUGUCACUAAUUCCCGAACUCAAGCUCCAAAACCCAGGAGCACCACCACUAAGGAUGGGUUUACUAAACGGUCUGCUAGACUAGAAAAGGAACUGGCACAGGUUUACCAGAUAUUGCAAGACAAGAAGAAUCAAAUUAAGGAGCCUCAUAAGCCACUUCGUUUCCUUCAGAAGAUAUCAAAGUCCUUUGGUCGUCCCCCCACUCCAACAUUGGAAGUACCUUCACUAGUAGAUGAAGAGAGAGAACUAGCCGUGAUCACAUUGCAGAAAUUAAUCCGAGGCAGAGCUAUCCAGAACAUGAUGUUUGAAGGGAAGGAAAAGCGACUGGAACUGAUCCGGGAGUUGCGUACCACUCAUGCGCUUCAGGAGGAUGGGCAGCUGUUGAAGAAGGCUGAGAAGCAAGUGACACUGGCCUUGCAGAGGCAGCGAGAUUUGCAUGAACACAAGCUGUCUCUCAUGGAAAAGCAUUUGGCUCGGGUGGAAGGGAGAGCCCUUGCCAACAUGUUGGACUUCCUGUCCAAAGAGCUGAUUAGACUACAGGAGGAACGUAGGAUCCACGCUUUUGCUAUGCUUGCUGAACGGCAACGCCGCAUGCGGGAAGCAGAGGAGAGUGGCCGCCGUCAGGUGGAGGAGAGGCGGAGGCGUGAAGAAGAUGAGAUCUUUAGACAGGUUGUUAGGGUGCAUCAGAGUACGGUUGAUUCCUACCUAGAAGAUGUCAUUUUGAGCAGCAUGGAGACUACAGCUGAAGAACAAGCUAGAGAAGAGAUCCAGAGAGAGGCUGUGGAAAUCAACAACAUUGCUUAUGAAAUGGAAACACGACGAAGUCACCUUCAGUCUGAAGAGAUUGUGGCAGAGCUGGUAUAUAGCUUCCUGAUCCCAGAAGUGCAGAAAAUGGCCAUCAAGGAGAAAGUGAGACAGUCACAGAGAAAGCACAUUCACGCAGCUCAUCAGAUCAUUCAUGGAAAUACGGAGACGGCAGUGGGACAGCUCUUUUCUGUGGAGUUGCAGCAGGCGAUGGGACUCCAAUUUUCUCAGCUAGGAAUUCCAGAUGGACAUCUGCUUCCUGCAACGGCUAUAGAACAAGAAGCUCCUGAGCAACAUGGGACAAAGCUUCCGGAUGGUCAAACCCAGCCUGAAAUGCCACCAGAAGAAAGCAACUGCACAGAACCCUCACACAGUGAGGAAAGAGAAGAGAAAUAAGACUCAGACCGAGGAUCAAGAGGACAUCUGCCGAAGUGAUCCACACUGGUCAAGAUGUGCAUGGUUCCAAUAUCUAUUCAACAAGAUCCCUGGCACCUGCCCAGCAGGAGGAACCAUCUAAGUCCACCCUUAUCCAGAGCUCUUCCAAUUAAU